AAAAAAUAGGAUUCUCAUAAUGUUACAUAAUGUUACAGGGAGUGGAAUGCAUAACAAGUUAUACCAAAAUGAUAUUGUGUCUUUUUAUCAAAGUGAAAACAGUUAUCAUCUUCAUGGUCAAUUCUGUAUAAAUGAGAAAAGUUUCGACCAAAAAAAUAAGACAUCAAAGAAAAAAGUUGAGCAAAAAACUCAAUCGAAUCCUCAGUUCAGUCCAACAUCACAAUUGUUAUCAUAGAAUCGACAUUUUUUUCCCAACUUCGAUCAACAUUAACUAUCAGUUAACUUUUAUUUGACUGUGAAUCUUCAAUGUGCUCAAGGAAAUAAACAAACAAUUGAACAGUAUAAAAGAUUAUAUUAAUAUCUUGAAACAACAAUUGAUUGAUUGAUCAAUAUCAUGAAAUAGUUUAACUUUUUAACAUGAUAACAAAAAUAUAUUACAGUUAAUUCAGUUAACAUGUACGUUUGUUUAUAAUCAUUGUGAUAACAGUGUUAAAGUUUAAUUGUUACAUGUUUGUUACUUGUAUCAAGCUUACCUAUUAUACGAUUAAUUGUUUCAUUGAAAUUUAAUAAUCUCAUCAGAUUAAUCAUGAUCCCGAAUCAGUUUCGGGAAAGUUGCCAAAUCUUUUAUCUUCUUUGGUCUCUAGUUCAAUUAAAUUUGAUUCUCUGUGAUUUGGAUUCAUCGUCUAAAAAUGUUAACUCAUUGAUGAGAUUAACAAGUACAAUUGGGAAUUCUAACUUCAAUAAUAACAUAAAUAUUAAUCACAUCAAUAGUAUAAAUAGUAACGUCAGAUUAACUAAGUGCAAUCGAGAUUUACCUGGAACAUCCCCUAAGAAGAUUCCUGGAGAUAAUGGAUUCAAAAUCAAAAUUACCGGUGAUAAAGAGAAGUUCAAACCUGGUGAACUUUAUACAAUUGUACUUUUGGGACACAAAACAACUUAUCAAAUACAAAAGUUCAUUGGAUUCAUGUUGGUGGUGGAACCUCGUGAAUGGCCCGAUUCUAAUGGCCUUGUAUCAGGUACAUCACAGAAUCCAGAGAUUGGAUCAUUUCAGUUAUUCGGCGAUGCUUUGAUAAAAGUAUCGGAAGAUUGUCCAAAUGCUAUUCUUCACACAUCAGAUAUUCCGAAAUCGGAAGUUCAAGCGAUGUGGCAAGCACCUUCCAAUCCAACGGGAUGUGUUGUCUUCAAAGCGACGGUUGUAGAAUCGAGUGAUACUUGGUUUAUGGAUGACGGGGCAUUGACUAAACACUUUUGCCCUGAAGAAACUGAAUCUCUGGAUGAACAAUCAGAAAUUCUUGAGGAAUGUUGUGCCUGUGACGAGGCUAAAUACGAGGUCAUAUUCCAGGGAUUAUGGUCCAGAUUUACUCACCCAAAGGAUUUCCCUGUCAAUAGCCAUUUAGCUCAUUUUUCUGAAAUAAUUGGUGCAUCUCACACAGCUGAUUUCCGAAUGUGGGAAUAUGGUGGUUAUGCCUCGGAAGGGUUAAGACAAUUGGCUGAAUCAGGAACAACUAAAAAGUUGGAAGCUGAAUUAAAAGCAGAAUCAAAUAAGAUCAGAACAAUAAUCAAAGCUCGAGGCCUUUGGCACCCGAAUUUAAAUGGGAAAACUUUUGCCGUUUUCCGGGUUGACAAACAUCAUCUGAUGUCACUGGUUUCGAUGCUUGGCCCUUCGCCUGAUUGGAUUGUUGGUGUUUCAGCCCUCGAACUUUGUCUCAAAAAUUGUUCAUGGGUUGGGGAUAAGCAGAUGAACCUUUAUCUCUGGGAUGCUGGUACAGAUUCUGGUAUCUCUUAUCUGUCACCAAACGCACCAACGAUACCUCAGGAAAGGAUACGAAGGAUAACUCCAUCUAAUCCCAACUCAAGAGAUUCACCUUUCUAUGACCCUAAUGGGAAUAAGAUGAAGCCAUUUGCACGAUUGACAGUUACUCGUCAACGAAUGUACGAAAAGGCCUGUAACGAAAACGAACCACUAGAAUUUUCACCAACUCCAAUCGCAUUUACACCAACAGGUGAAUACAGUCAAACACAAUUUAAUGAAUCACAAAAUGAUUGCACCGUAACUGAUUGGACUGAAUUCAAGCCUUGCAGUGCUUCUUGUGGUAAAGGAUUUCGGAUGAGGACCCGUAACUUUGUCUAUGAGUCUCGUGCUCGACUUUCUGACUGUCGAACAGCUUUGGUCGAGAAAGAGCCUUGUGAGAUUCACUGUAUUGGCGAUGUGAGCUGUGCAACCACUAGUUGGUCCGAGUGGUCAGAUUGUUCAGUUACUUGUGGCAAAGGAACCAGAACUCGAAGUCGUAAAUUCAUGAGUCGCAUGGCUAAAAAAGUUUGUACUCAAGUUGAAUUAACCCAAACAGAAUCAUGUUCAGGUCCAAUUCCUGUUUGCCCCGAAGAAGAGGAGCACGAUCCAAAGUGCUCGGUCACCCAAUGGUCAGAAUGGUCACCUUGUACUGUUUCAUGUGGUCGAGGGAUGAAAAUACGCACUCGACUAUAUUUAAGUCCAGUUCAAAGCUCAUUAAACAAUUGCAACGUUGAAUUGAUUCAGAAAUCUCCUUGUACAGCCGAUAAAGCAGAUUGUUCCAUUGAUUAUAGUGAUGCAAAAGAAGUUUGUAUGACACCGAAAGACGUUGGUCCUUGUCGAGGAUAUUACCCUCGUUGGUAUUACGACGCUGAUAAGGCCAUGUGCUUACAAUUCAUCUAUGGUGGAUGUAGAGGGAAUCGGAAUAACUUUGAACGUUAUACUGAUUGUAGCAAAAUGUGUGAAGUUUUAAUCCGAGACUUCGUGAAAGCUUCUCUGCCUUCAUCCACCAUUGCCUAUGCCUAUGCUAUGAAAGAUGCCACCAUUCAUCUUGAAAAAGGACUUGUCUGUGCUCCAAUCAGUGCCUUGACCACUCUGGCUUCCAAUCCAAAUUCACAUCAUCAAUAUUCAAAUAGUCUCUAUAAUCAAAUUCCAUCAUCUUCAUCGUCAUCUUCAUCAUCAAUACUUGUCCCUUCUUCUUCAAUUUCUGGCUCUUCUUCCAUUACCUCUUCUGGUGGCUCAGAUCAACCGAAAAUCGACUGUGUCACUACCGAUUGGAGUGAAUGGUCACCCUGUUCGAAAAGUUGUGGAGCUAAAGGGAGACGAACAAGACGUAAAUCGAUAAAAGUAAAUCCAAUGCACGGAGGGAAACCAUGUCCAAAGAAAUUGGUUCAAAGAAGAAAAUGCAAAAACCUUCCACCUUGCAAAGAUAACGAAGAUGAUAUGUGAAAGAUGAUCUGAAUAUCGUCAACAAAAGACUUGCAAAUAUCACUAAUUAUCAGGAUUCUGGCUUCAUAAAGAUUCAGAUUCUCUUCUUCAUAAACUUUUUGCCCCCAGUACGAAAUUAAUAACUAAUCAAACCAUUUAUUCAUUGGUAUAGUAGUGUAUGUACAACCUCCUUUCGAAUAGACUAACCUGAGAGAGUUAGACAUAUCUUGAUUGUUGAUUUCCAUUCAUCAAAUUUCCAUAUCAGCAUCAAAAUUGAGUAAAAUUGAAUUCCAAUAAACGAGAUCAUUUAAUGAGAAAUUUUUCCAUCUCUUUCCAUGUAAACACUUUAUGGAAAAAAAAUAGAUGCGAUUUGGAAUUGUUAUCCAACCUUGCAUCUUAUUUUUCCGCGUUUCGAUUUAAUUAAAUGGGUUAAUUAUUCCUGA